AUGUCUGCGACAAACUACCCACCCUCUGACGGCUUACAUCGGCACGACGGGUUACGCUGCACACUGCGGGCCAGAGUUCCUGGUCUCUGUUUUCUGAUCACAGCCUGCAUACGAGGAUACUGUCGUGCUUUUGAAGCACGCGUGACACUCAAAGAUACGGCUUCUGCCCGUAAGCAGAUGUACGCUAAGCAGCCAAUCGAGCCUGGCUACGCAGACGCUGCGAGCGCGUCGGAGAUGCACACACUAUUAAGCACACGCGACGAAUGUAAGCCUGCGUGCGGUCGAGUAGAUCAAGCAUUUGUAGACACGCCGACGAGAUUGAAAUACGAUGUGCUGCUCAGCUUUUGCAAAGGGAACGUAGACUUUGGUACAACCCUGAGCCGUGACAACGUUACUAAAAUAUCUACGCAUGGUCAGAGCAUGACCCUGCAGGAAGGGGAGCCUUGCUGA